UUAAGGCAAAUGAGAUGAAUUUCACCGCCGACCGGCCGUCCAACAUUCCUCCAAGUGUCAAACAGCACUGAACUUACGUUUGUCCCACUGUCACACCACGCUUCUUUGCUGCCCAUGGGGAAACGGAAUUCUUCCUCUCUCACGCCCUCCUCCGCCUCAAUGCAAACCGGCGAUGAAGACUCUAGCUGCCGUGAACUGGCGCUGGUGACACAACCCGCCAUUACUCCCUUCUCCGGCGACCAGCGGUUCAGCCUGCCCCCCGGUUGGGGUGUGGAAGAAGUCCCUCGCUCCGAUGGCUCCAGAAUUGACAGGUAUUACUUGGAGCCGGGGACUGGGCAAAGGUUCAGAUCAAUGAGAGAAGUGGAGAGGCAUCUCAACGGAGAAACAGUUACUCGUAGUAGGCGGAGCAGAUCCAGUGCUCUCAUUGUAUAUAAUCGUCGAAAGAGUUCAUCCCGGAAGAUGAUUGUUUAUGGUGGAAAGAUGUUGAGGCUGGAUGAGAAGGAGCUGAGUGCAAACCGUCAGGCAAUUGUGCCUUCGGGAGCUGUAGUUAUCCGGCCCUAUCAGCUUCCUGAUGGUUGGAUAGUGGAGGAGGUACCCCGUAGAUUCGGGAAUUCAAGAGAUAAGUAUUACUACGAACCUGGCACUGGCAGGAAGUUCCGGUCCAGGGCAGCUGUUGAGAGACACUUGACAGAAUUGAGCGAACAUGUUUCCUUGUCUGAAGCACUGGAAGAAUUGAACGAGAAUCGGCCUCUAUCCAAGAUGUUUAAAUUGCACCACCCCACAACUAACUCGGCUUCGCAGAAGAGGAAAACAUCUAGAGAAGACUCGGUUCUCAGGCCGCCAUCAAAAGUCAAUUGGGUUCUCGCUAGUCCUAAAGGGGACGAAUGGAAUCCUUUCAUUGGCGAUACAUUGGUCUCGGAUUCUGUAAAGCAAGAAUGGAGCAACAGAUUUACGUCGCUCAUGAACAACGAGACCUCUGCUUGAUAUUUGUAGGACAGGAAGACAUCCUUGUACCUUUCAGGAAAACUAUAUUUGUAGUUUUAUGAAACAUAAAAGUACAGACAACAUUGAACUUCAUUUGAAAACCUGUGCUGUGUAUAAAGGCUGUUAUAUUUCCUAAU